CGGGUCAAAUGUGAACAGGAACCCGUGUGAAAAUGGAAGGAGAAGCAACUCCUCCAAACAUCUUGGCGGCAAGUAAAGCAGGAUAUGUCCUGAGUAAUGUCGCCGAAGUCGUAGAGAGGAUUCUGACAUUUGUGCCAACUAAAACUCUCUUUCGGAUAGCAAGUGUUUGCAGGCUAUGGAGGAACUGUGCACGCCGAGUCCUGAGGACCCAGCAGAGACUGACCUGGCUCUCAGCCACUGGCUCAUCUAUGUAUCAGGAGCAUGUUUUGUUUAGAACUAUGGCAGAAGACUUGGAGAAUAUCUACCUGCUACCCCAGAUAGCUCUCUUAAUGGUAGACGGGGAAAACUUUAGUGGGCCUGUUAGUUUCAGACACAAAAAGGCCAGGAAGUGUGAAGAUGAAGUGGAGUCAGACCCUGUUGAGAAGUUGAGAUGCUUACUGCCUAGCAGCUGUGAGAUAUUAGGCCUUGUCGCACCAGGAAUUGUGGUGACCCCCAGUGGUUCGCCUAGCAGCCCCCCGCAGGAGCAUGAGGAGGGGGAAGCUGGCUACAGUCUGCUUUUUCCUGCAAUGGAUGGGGUCAGCAUCCGGCCUUUCCACUUCUGCAAAAAGAGCCUCAGUGAAACAACAAUGGAGGAAGCAGGGUUGAUUAACAACCCCGAUUUAAAGGUGGUGCUGUUGUUCGACUAUGAGACCUAUAAACCUGGAGGUGGACGCUUUCUUAACACGCUACUGGAACCCCUUUCCCAAAGUAAUGUACUUAUUGUUGGAGGACAAGUGGAAAGAGUCUUUUCCAGUGACGUUACCUGCUGUUCUCCAGGUUCUUUUGGGGCAGUUGGACUGACCUUUAGUGGCUCCAGGAUCCAGGGUGCCUCAGUACUGGUGGAGCAGGAUGUAAGUAGCCCCAAAGCAGCAGAGGCCACAAUCCAGCGGCUGAAGGCUGCCAAUAUCCCAGAGAGAAACACAAUUGGCUUCAUGUUUGCCUGUGUGGGGCGCGGACACAACAGCUAUAAUAACCAGCGUAACGUGGAGGCUAAUGCCUUCCGGAAGAUCUUCUCCAGCGUUCCGCUUUUAGGAUUCUUUGGAAAUGGAGAGAUCGGCUGUGACCGCAUUGUCAAAGAGAACUACACAUUGAGUGAGACUGAUGCUGAUGGACUACAGCACUCUUUUACAACAGUCAUGAGUCUGGUGCAUUUUGGCUAACAUGCACUUAAACACGCACAGACAGUAAUGCACUGCAAGGGACCAGGCAAACCCUAGUUAACUUGGAGUUUUAGGGUAAACUUUUGCUGCUUACCCGAACAGGUCUGAUGGUGAUCCAGUCUAAUUUCCCCAAGGUUCUUUCCCUUGACUUUUCUUGACUGAGGAUGUCAGAGGGACACUUUGCAGUUUUUCAACAUCAUAUUUUCAAGACUGCAAUAUAAUAGCAGCUGCCAUAAACUAAAAAUGGCUGGUGCGAACACUGGAAGUGUUGUAUUUAAGUUUUGGUGAUGUCAUUAAAAUAUAAUUGAAGAGCUUCAGAGAGCAAACAAACGAGUGUCUGUAAGAGCAAUUUCGACAUGCCUAUUUUGAUGUCUGAAAAUGCUGUAGUGUCCUCUUACACCUUGUUUGGUAAAAACUUUGGUUACAGAAAGGUUGUGAAGAAAGAAUAUAAUUUAGUUUGAAUUGCAUGGUGCUAAACCUUGGCAUUUAACAUCACUUUAACUUCUUAAAUGGAUUAAGUUUCCAUUGACUAAAACCAAAAUAGUUGAUUUCUUCUGCUUUAGUUUCAACAGGGUACACCUUUAUUUUGGUAUCAUCAAUAGAACUUGUGUAGCUAAUGAACCAUUUUAUUAAAGCAUUCAUCUUCUGUCUACUUGCUAAAUAAUACAUUCUGUUGAUCACAGAGAUUAGUGAAAUUUCAAAGGGUCUACUGGCUGCAUUGUGCAGAUGAGAUAUUGGUUUGAGCAUUUUAAAGUUUGGUUCAAAAAGUGCAGUGUUGAUGCCAAAUCUCAAAUUUUUGUCAACCUUUGUUCAUGUAUUGUAUUAUAUGGCCUACUGACAUUCAGAUGGUUUUCUCUUGCCAUUUCUGUGGGUCAAAUGGAGAGUUGGCUUUACUACUGUCAUGUGUUUUUUGGCAGUGUGUCUACAUGUGAUGCUCAAAAUGGAGUCAUCCAGAUGUCGGCCAAUGAUGUCUGCAUUAACUGUAUGUGAUCUGAGCAAAGAACAUGUCCAUAAUAAAAUCAAUGAUGGCAUCUGUUAAUCAGUCCGGCAGUUAGUUUUACACAAUGCAUUCCGUCUCGUUUGUCCAGUAGAUGGCCCUCUUGUGCAACAACAAUUUUUCUUUUCACAGUCAGUGUGCUUGGUUUAUUUGGCAAUCCCAGUCUAAAUGAGCUAGACAAAUUCAAGAGACUUGCAGUAAUACAUGGGACAGUUACUUUAAAGGAAUAUUGCGGGUUCAAUACAAGUUAAGCUCAAUCGACAGCGUUUCUGGUAUAAUAUUGAUUACCACAAAAAUACAUUUUGACUUGCCCCUCCUCAAAUUUUGAGAUGACAGUGAACACAUACAAUGGAAGUGAAUGGGGCCAAUUUUUUUUAUUUUUAAAUUCUUAUUAAAAGUAUAGCCACAAGACGUAAACAAUAUGAGUGUUAACAUGAUUUGUGUUGUAAAAUCAUUUACUAACCUUUUUUGCGCAAAAUUAUAGACAAUUUUACUACAUUGCCAUGACGAUGUAAUGUCAACAAAUCCUAAAAUGACGAUUUAAACAACUUCACAGCUCAGAUAAUACAUGAGUUUUAACAGAAGAAUUUAUGUAAGUGCUUUUAUAAUAUAAGCUUCACAUUUCUGCUUUUAAACCCUCCAAAAAUUUGCCCCAUUCACUUCCAUUGGAAGUGCCUCAUUGUAACCUCCAUUUUAACUUUUUUUUUAAGAAAAGGAGGGACAAGUCAAAACUAAUUGUGAUAAUCAACUUUAUGCCACAAAUGCUGUUAAAUGAGCUUAACUUUUAUUCAAUCUGGAAUAUUCCUUUAAAAUCAUAAUUCGUGAUAUGUUGAAUCUGUGUAAGUUGUCACUGAGCUUUAAUUUAUUUUGUGUGUGGGGGGGGGGGGAUUGUAACAUGACAUGUGAAAGACAUCACAACAGACACAGGCCAGGUCAGUGGUAGCAGGCAAGUUAUUGUCCUGUUUCUGUUGUGUGGUAGCCUGGAGCAGGUCCUAAUCGGGCCAGUGGUCAGAUAGUGGAUUGCCCCAGGACUAAUGCACAACAAAAUUCCUUUAGGGUUGCACCAGUCCCGUGACUACACUACUACAGCAGGUAAAGCCUUUUACAGGUAAAGAGUGGGUUCUUUUAAAGUCCCUUCACCACAAAAAGAGCGAAAACAUCUGUUUACCUCCUAUACACUUUUCUGUUCACAAGCCACACUCUCUGCUACUCAACAAGGACCCUAUGGAAUUGUGGUGAAUCUGGCUUUCAAGAACAAAUGCGGCAUUUUGGAGGAACAUGGCAUUUCGAUGUGCACUUAGAGCACGGAUCUGUAAGGUGCAGGUGUUUUUUAAACCUGUACAUUGUCGCCUUAGGGCUCUUCGAGUAAAGACAUUCAGCCUCACUUUAAGGCUCUUUCCCUGUUGAGAGCAGGCUAGAAACAAGACAGACCUGAGCUUUGGGACCAUUGUCAUAAAGAGCAAUGUUUUGUAGGUCACACAUGGGGUGGGACACUUUGCUCAUAGACUAAA